AUUUCACCAAAAUGACCGACAACUACCUCCGUCAAGUCAUCGAUCAUGCUCAAAACAAUCAGCGUUUGCGCGGAACCAUGUCCGGAAUCUUUUAUCAGACAGCCUACGCCGCUGCCGGUGCUGGAGCAGGAGGCCUCAUGGCUGGACCCCUAGGUGCAAUGUUCGGAACAAUGGCUGGAGCCGUUUACGGAUAUGCGAACUCUGAUGAUUACUCUAGUGUUUUUGGAAUUAUUCAAAACUUGGAAGACGAGGAGAAGGAUAUUCUUACAUCAACGAUCAGAAACCACGUCGGAGGAUUGACAUUUGCCGAAUUCGUAAACUGGUUCAAAGAUUUGAACCACCAGGCCACAUUCAUGCAACUUCUCAUGGCUUAUAUGGCUGCAAAUCAGAAAUCUGCCGGAACAUCGAGACGUUGAUGCACUAAUUGACAAUUUUUGUGUGAAUACCACUAACGAUACCUCAUUUUCAAUAAACUUGGAAAAAGA